AGAUGGAGGCUAAUCUAUCGGGAGUGGACAACAACCGCGUUAUGUACGAGGCAGCAGAGACCAUCGCUCAGCUGCAGAAGGCCAACCAGGAACUGCUUGACAUUGUACACAACAAGGUGACUGCGCUGGACACAUCCAUCGCAUCAUUUGCCGAAAGAGUGCCAAAGGAACCCGUUCAAACAUAUCUAGACGAUGUGAUUGGCUCUCAGCGUCCAAUGGAUACCCCGGGGCUAGUACGGAACAGUCAAAACGAAGUGCAGCGACUGUUUGCCAACGUAGACCGCAAUCUCAACCACAAACUAAAGCAUCUGGUGGACACCAUCGAGACACUCAGCGGCGACAAGGCACACUUGGAACACGAACUGUCAAUUCUGCGAGAACGUGUACAUGAG